AUUCAACCCAGUCCCUAACUCGGCCAGACUGUCUAUCAAUCCUCAGUGAUUAUUAUGAGGGACACCGUAAAUAAUCCGGGAGAUGCUUUCCGCGCCCCUUCCGAGAACACCCCUUCCAGCAGAUGAUGAUUUCAGUCACCUCUUCACCACCGAACCCAAAUGGACCAGAGGGAUCAGAGAAACAGAAUUUGCGGUUAUAUUUUUCGAUGGCUUGAAUCAGGGUUCCCGCCUUCGCCGCAUCUUGUCCGCGAAGCUGGAAAUGUUGUACACAAACGGAAAUGCGAACGUUUAUAUUCGUAUUUUAGGCCCCUUGCGCAGAAUUGUGGUCGCCGAUUUCUAGAGCUCCAUCCUCAUUUGAUGGCAACUUGGACCUCUCAUUCUGAAAUUCUUAAGGGAACCAAGCAGCCCCAGCCUGAUCAAGUCUCUAGCUUUCUUGAUCUGUUCGAAAAGACCAGAAACCAGUAUGAGAUCCACCCCGACGAUAUCUGGAAUGCUGAUGAGAAGGGAUUCAUGCUUGAGAAUCGGACCGGCGCCCAGAAGUUCAUCCUUUCGCAAAAGUGUAUUCAAUAUAAAGGCCGUAAAUUGCUUGCGCCGACCGAAGACUGGGUCUCCACGAUUGAGUGUUGCAAUACGACGGCCAGGUACUUCCUCCUUAUGUCAUCCUCAAAG